AUGGAGUUACCGCCGCCGCCGCCGCCGCCGCCGGCAGCCGGCCGCGACUGGUCCGACCUGCUGGCCGACAUGGUAGACACCGUCCUCUGCAAGCUCGAGCUCCCCGAUUUCAUCCGCACCGCCGCCGUCUGCACGUGCUGGCGCGCCCCCGCCCUCGACCUCCGCCGCCGUGGCGUCUACUCGUUCCCUCGAACCCCCUGCCUCCUGUACAUCCCCGCCGCCGCCGCCGCCAAUGGCGGCAGCAGCACGCGCUCCGCCGAGCUCUACUGCCUCGCCGACGAGAGGCCCUACACGGUGACCCUCCCGGACCCGCCGAUCGCGGAGCGCAGCAUCGUGGGGUCGUCGCACGGGUGGCUGGUCACCGCCGACGCCCGCUCGGAGCUGCACCUCCUGAACCCGGCCACCCGCGAGCAGAUCGAGCUGCCGCCCAUCGCCACGCUGGAGCAGGUGAGGCCCAUCCUCGAAGCCGCCGGCGACGGCGGCGACCUCCGCGGGUACGAAGUCUCCUUCUACGACGGCGACAUGAGGGAGUACCGAGCUCCCGGCAUCUACCGGCCCGACGAGCUCUGCGACCUGCUCAACAUCAAGCAGCCGUCGUUCGCGAGGGUCGGGGACGACAAGCAGUGGCACUGGAUCACCACCUCCUCCUACUACUGGUCUCCCUACUCCGACAUCGCCUACCGCGACGGCGCCUUCUACGCCAUGAACCUCCUAGGCGGGAUCCACCGCUACGACAUCCACCAUUCCCGCGCCACGCGCACGGUGGUUCUCACCGACACGCUGGGGUACACGCUGCACCACGCGUACAUGGCCUGGACGCCGUCGUCGGGGGACGUGUUGCAGGUCUGGAGGUUGACGCAUUUGCCAGAAGACGAGGAGGAAGAACUGCGUACGGUUGGAUUCCAUGUAUACAAGGUUGACUUCGACAGCCAAGAUGUCGUGCCUAUCGAUUCCUUGGAAGAUGAGGCAUUGUUCAUUGGGCAUAAUGGCACCCUUUGUCUUUCCACCAAGGAUUACCCUGCCCUGCUGCCAAAUCACGUCUAUUUUACCGACGAUGAUGAGUACUAG